GCAAUUAAAAGCUGUAACUAUCUCUACUAUUUUUACCUUAAAAAAUCAAUACAAAUCUUAGCGAAAAACAGCACUAUGAAGACUAAUAAACUUGAAAUGAGCCUUGACGAAAUCAUCCGGGCGGAUAGCCUUCAAAAAAAACGUUCAGAGUCCCAAAAGGAAGCCAAUGGAUCUACCAAGAGCUCAGUUAAAGGAACCCGAUCCAAAGAUGCUCUCAGGAUCCGCAAGGGAACUGGAGGCAUACAAAAGCGCCCAACCAUACGCUAUUAUGACACCAAGAAAUAUAUGGGACCAACUCGCCUGUUAGUCACCAAUUUGGACUACGGGGUGACCGACGCGGACCUGGAGGAACUUUUCAAUGAAAAUGGCCUGAUGGAGAAAGGAAGUGUGCACUACGAUAGCUUGGGCAACUCAAUGGGCACUGCAGAGUUGAUAUUCAGACAUAGGGGAGAUGCCUUGAGAAUUAUAAAAAUGUUUCAUGGAGUCCGUUUGGAUGGCCGACGACUGAAGAUACAUCUGGUUAAGAUCACGCCCGACUUCAAAAAUGGUCUCUUUAAGAGUGGUUCACGCCGCAGCAGUUCCUUCAACAAUCCUUCUUUAAGGAGUGAUUCUUCCUUCGGGCCACGACAUUCCAAUCGUGAUGGUGGCCAAGAUGAUGAGGGGACUUGGGACUUCUACGAAGGGGACAACUUUUGGCAACCGUACUAGAACUAAAACUUAGAACUAAAAAGGUACAACGAACACUACACAAGGAUUCACUG